UCGCUCGCUCCCUCUGGUCCUUCUCUUCGUGCUCGGUCCUUCGUGCAGCGCGCGCGUCCCUCCUCGGGAAGACGAAAGGGUCGCGUGGCGUUCGUGCGUACGACGGCCGUUCGUCCAACCCCGUACGUGGCGCAGGGGUUGCAUUCAAGGGUGCCGGCCGGUGUCGCACACGCUCGCCGGCAACGGAACAGAGGAGAGCGAACGAGAGAGAGAACGAGCGGGAACGACAGAGGACACACAGCACAGCAGACGAGAGUUGGGAUCUGGUGUGCGGCAUCAUGCAUUGCAUGCGCUCGGCGUACGCUCAUUAAAUCAGUCGGACGCCGCUUACGCACAUGACAAGUCACGUGUAAGUCGUCGUCGCCCCGGAAGAGUGCCAGUGUGGGCCACGAGAACGCCGCACGCUGCCAACCGGUGUCUGUGUGCGUGUGCCGCCAAGUGUUUUGUGGUGUUGUGUUGUGCCAAAAUUUGUUGCAAGUGUGUCCAACCACCACCCCCAACAUCAAUAUAUCGCUGAGUAUUUUGUUUGCCAAGUGAUCGGUUAGCGCGAGAGUGAACAAGAAUUAAUACAAGAAUUUAACGGAAUUAAAAAGUGGCAAGAACCUAACGCAAGUGAAAGUGAUCCCGCGUGGUUGUAGCAGCAUCAGUAAGAGGAAGAACAAACACACAACCAUGGAUCAUCAUCUUCCACAUCAUCAUCCGCACCAUCAUCACGGUACGCCCCUUCACUGGGGCUACUCCACUGCGACGACGCCAAGUGCCACCUCUACGCCGACGCACGCCGGCCACAACACGUGGACGCCCCCGUCGUCCAAGGGCCACAAGCGGACGCUUUCCGAAAGUGACUGUGAGGAUCUGUACUCGGAGGAAUCGUCCAAGGAGCAUACCUCACCGGGAGAAUCCGAUAGCUGUCAACUGAUGAGCCGCAAACGGAGACGCGGCGUGAUCGAGAAGAAGCGCCGGGAUCGCAUCAACUCCUCGCUGACCGAGUUGAAGCGGCUCGUCCCAAGCGCCUACGAGAAGCAAGGAUCGGCGAAGCUGGAAAAGGCCGAAAUUCUGCAACUAACCGUGGACCACCUGAAGGCACUGCAUGCACGUGGACUGGACGAUGCGAGCUACGAUCCGCAACGGUUCGCCAUGGACUACCAUAUCAUUGGCUUUCGGGAGUGUGUGGCGGAAGUCGCCCGUUACCUCGUCACGAUCGAGGGCAUGGAUGUGCAGGAUCCGCUCCGGCUGCGCCUCAUGUCCCAUCUGCAGUGUUUCGCGACACAGCGGGAACUGUCGACGAAAGCGAAUGCGGCUGCCGCCACCAGCCCGGCCUGGUCGCACAGCAGCAGCACCGCCUACCCCGUCGCGGCAGCAGCCGCCGCCGCUGCCGUAGCCUACCCGAGCACGCACCAUGGCACCAGCGGCUACUACCCUCACCCGCAUCACCAGAACUACGGACCGCCGCAAAGUGCAACCGCACCGUACAUUCCACAGGUGGCCACCAUUCCCCCACCCCUCGACCAUCUGCACCAGCAGCAGCAGCAGCAACAGCAACAGCAGCAGCAGCAGCAACAUCAUCAACAGCUGAGUGGACAUCCUUCCGGUGCUUCCUCGGCGGCAACCGCUGCCAUCUACGCCACAAGUGCUCCGCUGCACGAGUUGUACAACAGCCAGCAUGAUUCCGCCAACGCUGGCCAGCAGCAACAGCAGCAGACGGAGCAGCAGCAGCAGCAACAGUCUGCAGUUGGCACGAACGGUGCACCGACGUACACGGAUCUGUCCAACAACAACCCGAACCGGGGUUUGUCCGCGUACGGCAAUCCGCAGUACCCGGUGAGCACCUCGACGCACGGAUACAGUGCGUCGACCAGCUCGUCGUACAACACGGCAGCGAAGCCGUACCGUCCGUGGGGUGCCGAGAUGGCCUGCUGAAGAGAGCAAGGAGGGAACGAAGUGGGAAGUGAAGCAUAUGCUAGAGUUGCCAAAAAGAGUGUGUGUGUGUGAGGAGGAAAAAAGAAUCUUUCCCAUACCGGGGAAUCGAACCCGGGCCUUCUGGGUGAAAGCCAGAUAUCCUAGCCACUAGACCAUAUGGGAGGCUUGCGAGAGAGCUAUUCCGCUACGUACUGAUUCUACCGCUCUACUUUGCGUAUGCGAUGCAGUGCGCCUGACUCUGCCAAAGACAAUUGCCAUUCACCACGCAAGAUUUCAUACAAAGUAGCACAAACCAUUUCGCUGGCAAAAGAUUAUUUGAUUUAGAACACUCAGGAACGAUGUAAGAGUAAGAGCUUACGCACAGAGUCAUAUUUAAGGAAGCUGGUCCGCUCUGGAAGAGAUGGAAGGGAAACACACAUAUGUUCUAAGCUUUAACUACACUAAACCAUAAAAGGUGUCCUUAAGAACCGCUCUUUUUUGUACAUACACAGGUGUGAUUGAUUGUGAGUGAGUGAGAGAUGUUAGGAAAUAAGAAUCAUAAGUAAGAAAGAAAGAGAGAGAGAGAGAGAGAGAGAGAGAGAGAGAGAGAGAGAGAGAGAGAGAGAGAGAGAGAGA